CCUCUAGGGGGUAGUUAUAGGGGGUUGAGAAAUAUUAAUUGCUCACUUUCUCUCUCUAGCUCUCACUUCUCUGUAGAAUUAAACACUCUAUCAUUUGGUGCUUUCAUUGAGAGCUUGAACAGAUUAAGUGAGUACCCUUCGUCGCUACUAGACGCUACUAACAAAAAUGGAAGGAGCUAAGUCAAAAAGCAUUGUCAACAAGACCAUCCCCGAGACUCAUGAGAACCUAGAAAGGUUGGGGGAUGUCGCUGACGACAACUACGUGAUUGGGGAGGAGGUCGCCCAGGAAUUCUAGAACCCUGCUGACGACCUUCAUAACCAUCUCAACAAGGCUGCCCCAGACGCCCGCAUCGGGCUAGAGGACAGGCGCGCUGCCGACCGCGCAUCGGGCCAACAGCUUUCUCCCCCUGUUCCCCUAGAUCAACUGGGCCGCUCUAUCGGCCAUUGUCGCCAACAUUCUCUAGGACCCCAACGUCCUGAGCGGUCUCGUCGCUAAGACUAGCGAAAACAACACACCCAAGAUGGGGGAGUUCGCGACGGUCCCACCACCUCCACCCGUCGUCACCUUCUUCGGCAAUGACGAAAAUGUCAUCGUCGUGGACACCCAUACUGCCUCUCCACCUCGGGGUGCACCGGCCGAAGCUCGCGGUAAGACCUCGGCCUUCAAUAGGCUGGGUGACACGAUCCGUCGAGCACCUACGGGGAGGAUGGCGGAUCAGUUGGGUGGCCGCGAGCCCGGCUCACUAAGGGAAAGCUUUGGGUGUCUGUUUCCCGGAUAGCGGAACGGCCCCGAAUGGACAAAGGAAAUGGGAAGUUGCAUGAGGAUGACGCACAUCACCAAAUCAAUCAGGCUCAUGCAGCCCAGGUCCAACCCCGGCCUAGUGGCACUGCGGCCACCAGGGACCCCAGGGAUGAGAUCAUCGCUCAGCUGGAGAGGCGUCUGGUCGACAUGGAGGCCAGGGAAGCCGCGGGGAACGCUUCGACCCACACAUCCCAAAACCUUGACCUCGGCGCGAUCCUGAACAAGGUCAGCGCCCCGGAGAGGGAGUUGGCCAAAAGACGUGGCGAACUCAUCAUCCAGGUCAAGACGAGGACCCCUUUCUCUACCAGGAUCCUCUCCGUCCCUAUUCCCAAUAAAUACAAAGGGAACCCCAUCAAGCCAUACGAUGGCUGAAGCAAUCCUCAAGAGCACUUCACCCGUUAUCAGAACAACAUGCUGAUGACCAACGCUUCGGAUGAAUACAUGUGCUGCUGGUUCCUUUCCACCUUGGACGGACCAGCAUACGAUUGGUUCAACGCGCUCCCUGAGGGAAGCGUGGACUCAUGGCAGGACCUCGCACAACGCUUCCUCGCCCACUUCAAGCCUUCCUGGAGCGCUGGACGAAGGAGGUAGAGGAAUCCGAGGGAGCCAACGAGCGCACGCUCUUAGCCUUCCUCCGAGGUGCGCUACGGCCCAACCCUUACGUACGCAGCUUGUUAACGGAACCCCCACGGUCAUAUUUCGCAGCGAUACAGCGCGGACACUUGCAUGCGGACAUCGGUGAACUGUUAAACAAAAAGAAGGACGGGGAGAGACCACAGAGGAAGGGGAAUAACCCCUCGGCCAAUCCCCCCAGCGCACCGGCCCCCAGAGAUCAGAACAAGCGCAAAACCCCUGCCCGGAGUCCGGAGGGCAACGUAAGGAUGACUGUCAGUGGCGCCCCAGGCUGGAAGUACAAAGGGUCCCCCUCACCCACCCGGUAAGCGUCAUCCUUGACUGUGCCAAAGAGCAGGGCCUCAUCUUGAAGGACCCCAGGUCGGAGAAAGAGAUAUUCGCGAUCCACAAAGGAGGGACGUACUGCAAGUACCAUCGCCAGACGUCUCACAAAACCGACGAUUGCACCACCCUGAAGAGGCACAUCGACAAACUUAUCCAGCAGGGGGAACUCACCCAAUUUGUCAAAGGUGGCCCAAGGCAAAACACCUAGGUUAACACCGACAAAAGGGGGGAGUGAUCCUCUGCCAAGAAAAGGGAGAUUGGCGCCCUCAGCGAGGACGAGGAUGAAGAUGAGGAACCCCGCCACAAGAAACAUCACAUUCACAUCAUCGUGGGUGGAAACAAGGGGGGGGGACUCGGGUACCCAACGGCGGAAGUGGGCUCAGUCCCUCUACGUUAGUGAGGUGUCCCAUGUUCCCCCUCGGCCGAAGCGACAGCACAUGGAGGCCAUCACCUUCACCGAUAGGGACCUCCCUAUCGCCACCCCCUCCCGCAUAGGGAUGCCCUCGUCGUCAAAUGUGAGAUCGGCAACAACAUCAUCCACCGCAACUAUAUAGACGCGGGCAACUCUGUCAAUGUCAUGUACGUUGACACCUUCAAGCAACUAAAAUUGAAGAAGGCCGAGCUCAGGCCGAUACACACACAGUUGUCCGGCUUCCCCGGGGACUCAAUCGAUGCUGAAGGCACAAUAGUGCUUCUCGUUAUGGUCGGUGAUGAUGCCCACCAGGCGAAGAUUGACAUGGAGUUUGUGGUCGUGAACCUGGACAGCGCCCAUAACAUGAUCUGGGGUCGACCCGCCCUGGAGGACUUAGAGGCCAUCAUCUCUAUGAGACACUUAUGCCUCAAGUUCCCUACCAAGGGCGGCAUCGGCUACGCCAGAGGAAACCAGAAGAUAGCCAGAGCUUGCUACCUAAAGCUCACCAAGAAGAUCAAUGAGGCCGAGGAACGCAUUGACACCAUUACUGUCGCCUCGGCUGAAGAAGACAAACCAAAGCCGAACCGGUCGGAGAUGUGGAAGAGGUUCUGUUGGACGUCUCUCGGCCGGAGCGCAUGCUAAAGAUCGGGACGCAGCUCCCCCAACAGAUCAGACAGGACAUCCUCUCAGUCCUGAGGUCGUACGCCGUUGUCUUCGCAUGGGGGCUAGAGGAUAUGUCGGGUAUCGGCCCAAAAGUCAUCACUCAUCGACUCUCAGUCGACCCGGCCUCCCCCCCCCCCCCCCCCCCCCAUAAAGCAAAAGAGGCGCUACCUCUCAGCUGAGAGAAGAGACUUUGUGAAGGCCGAGGUGGCCAUGUUACUCUCCAUCAAGCACAUCAAAGAGGUGAAGUACCCCACGUGGUUGGCGAAUGUCGUCCUCGCCCAAAAGCCGCCUACGUUUAGGAUGUGCGUCGAUUAUACCGACCUGAACAAGGCGUGCCCAAUGGACCCGUUCCCUCUCCCCCAACAUAGAUCAGUUGGUUGACGCGAUGGCGGGGUGCGAGUUGAUGUCAUUCCUCGACGCGUUCAGGGGGUACCACCAAAUAUCCAAGUUGUAGUCACCGUCAUCACCUUUAUUAAAAACGAAAUUUCACAAAAUUAUAUGGAGUAUAUUUUAAACUUUUUCCUAAAGAAGAAGUUUGAAGGACUAUUUUUCUCACCCAUUAUUCUUAAAAAAUAAGAUACAAAAAUGCGUAAUUAUAACUUAUAAGUUUUGAAAAAUAGUGAGUUACAAAUGAAAUUUGAUGGAUAAAAUAGGCAUUGGGCAAUUUUUUAUAGAUAAAGAUGGUUGAAAAGACGAAGUUAAUUUGGAUGCAACUAAGAGUUAUAAAAAAAUUGACUCUUUUAAUAGGAAAAUGUAGAUUGAAAACAUGUUUAAAUAAUAUGCUAAAAAAAUAAGACAUACUCAAUAAAUAACAAUAUGUAUUAUCAAUCAAUGUUAUAAUCGAUUAAUACAUAUGUUAGUGUGCGUGCUCACACAUAUAUAGUUAAAUUAAAAUAAAAUCCUCUUAUCCCGCGAACGGCACAUGUAAAUAUACUAGUAAUUAUAAUUUAUAAAUCUAAAGUUAGUACUUAAUAAUUACAGAGUUACCUAAUGACAUACCUAGUCAAUUUCUUAAAUCUUAAUUGGUAAACACACUUCUUAUUAAUUGAUUCAAGUCAAUUAGCAACGGCAAUAAAUAAACUGAUUAACAAAUAACAACAAGAGCACAAGGUAAGUUAGAAACAAUCGAAAUCAAUUUCAGUAAUUUGCAAUUCAGAAAGAAAGAAAAAACCUACAGAAACGUCCAUGUCCAUAUAUGUGCUGAGCUGAGUUACUCAAUUAGUUGUGUAGAGUAUACCGGUUGUUGUGUGCCUGUGUGCGGCCUAGCGACUAGCCAACUAGCGGGGUAGGGUGGUGUGUGGAAGGUGUAGUCGUGGUUUAGUGUUGGAAUAAUCUUAAAUUUAGUUAUUAAUUAUUUGGUUCACUUAGUUAUUAAUUAUUUAUUUUUAUCAUUAAAAAAUAGUUUGUUUCUAUUGAGUGUGUGGGUUAGUUAAGAGCUUUGAAUUAAUCCUCCGUAUUGUUAGGAUAGUGGAGCAGUAACAUGGGUUAGUGGUUAUCUUGUUUUUAAUUCCCUAUAAAUAGCACUAUGGGGAAAGACUUCAUUGGUAUUCCUUCGUAAUUUGCUUAUUUCAGUUCAAGUAAUAAAAAAGGGGAAUUCUCCCAAUUCGUGUGUUUUGCUUUGUUCUCCGUUCUGUGUUAUAUUUGACAGCAAAGCAGAUCCUUGAAACCAACAUUUGGUAUCAGAGCCUAGAUCUAAAGAGCUUGUGAUAUUCAAUGGCAUCAAACAAUUUCUCCAUCUCUAUUCCAUUGUUCAAAGGUGAUAACUAUCAUUCAUGGGCCAUCAAAAUGAAAGCAUACAUGAAAGCUCUUAUUUUAUGGGACGUCAUUGAGAGUGACAGUGAGCCUACUCCUCUUCCAGAAAAUCCAACAGCAGCCCAAUUCAAGAAACAUGAAGAAGAAAUGGCACGAAAGCCAAAGGCACUUUCAUGUAUUCAUGGAACGGUGUCCGAAGAGAUUUUCACAACAAUCAUGGGUUGUGAGUGUCCUAAAGAAGCAUGGGAGAAAAUUAAAGAGGAGUUCGAAGGCAACCGACAAACCAAACUCAUGCAAAUUCUCAACCUCAAAAGGGAGUUUGAGAUGGUGGGGAUGAAAAGUAACGAAGGUGUCAAAGAAUAUGGGAGUAGGUUGAUGUCCAUUGUCAAUCAAAUCAAAUUACUUGGUGGAGAUUUUUCAAGUCAAAGAGUUGUGGACAAGCUUUUGGUAACUCUUCCGGAGAGAUAUGAGACUAAGAUCUCUUCACUUGAAGAUACUAAAGAUCUCUCAAAAUUAAACGUCUUGGAAUUGAUCAAUUCUCUUCAUGCCGUUGACCAAAGGAGAUCAAUGAGAGAGGAAGAAAAUGGAGGAAAAAAUGAGGGACUCCUGUUAACUAAAUCUUCAUUCUCAAAAGGAACUGGCAACAAAAUUCAAUGCAACCAUUGUCAUAAGGUUGGUCAUGAAGAAAAUAAUUGUUGGCACAAAGGAAGGCCACAAUGCUUCAAAUGCAAAAGGUUUGGGCAUCUGGCAAAGAAUUGUAGAUUCCAAACUGAUGACGAAGUCUUGGCACAUAUGGUCGAGGCAAAAACUCUCCUUUAGAAUUAUGGGUGAUUAUGUGCACCAUGGGGAGAAGUGCUCCAAAGUGUUUAUUUUGAUGAGACGUGCAUCAAAAAUUUGGUGGUGGUGAGAAGUGCAUCACAGAUGAUAAGAACUGCUUCGCAAAUUUAAGAUUAUGGGGGUGAUUGUUGGAAUAAUCUUAAAUUUAGUUAUUAAUUAUUUGGUUCACUUAGUUAUUAAUUAUUUAUUUUUAUCAUUAAAAAAUAGUUUGUUUCUAUUGAGUGUGUGGGUUAGUUAAGAGCUUUGAAUUAAUCCUCCGUAUUGUUAGGAUAGUGGAGCAGUAACAUGGGUUAGUGGUUAUCUUGUUUUUAAUUCCCUAUAAAUAGCACUAUGGGGAAAGACUUCAUUGGUAUUCCUUCGUAAUUUGCUUAUUUCAGUUCAAGUAAUAAAAAAGGGGAAUUCUCCCAAUUCGUGUGUUUUGCUUUGUUCUCCGUUCUGUGUUAUAUCUGACAGCAAAGCAGGUCCCUGAAACCAACAUUUAAGGGCUGGCCGCAGGAGGCAGGCUGGUCGUGGUGGGGUAGCACGCAGGCUGGUGGCGGUCGUCGACUCGUUCAUUCCACGCUUCCAGUCAUUCAGUCAUUCCAGAUUCGAGUAGGGAUGGAGCCGGGCCGGCGGUUCUAGAAUGGGGGCCUGGGACCGGCUCGGGUACCUCCGGGCCGGGCCGGGCCGGGCCUCGGGUAUUUUUAUUUUUCCUUUUCCUAAUUACCCCCCACCCCCAAAUCACCCCAUAUGGCCCAAAAUACCCAGCCCAACCCAAAACAAAAAUUGAAAAACAAAAUUAAAAUGGCCCGGAACUGGGCCGGUUCAGGUUUUGGGGGACCCGAUCCCGGACCGGAACCACCUCGGGUCGGGCCUACCCGGACCAGUCACUGACCGGGCCACCGGGCUGGUCCGGGUCGGAAUAGUGCCGGUCCCGGGUCGGGCCACCUGGCCCGAGUCCAGGCCUAGAUUCGAGAGGCCCUUUCUCUACCGAUCUUCCGUAAUUUUCCUCCCUUCUCAGGUUCUAUUCUUUCUGUAUUUCCUUCAAACCUUUGGACCUAGACUGCUAGAUGACUACUACAGUACUACUAGUAAAAAACGGGCCUUCCAAAUGUUUGGGCCAUGUGCGACCGGGCUGGGUGCACUUGGCCUGGGCCGGCCCUGCCGCUCGUGAUCCAGUAUCUUUUACCCGCAUCUAUUUGAUAAUGCUAAUAUCUCAUGACUUUGUAUAUUCACCCAUGUGUCGCACAUAUAUUUUCGCAUUUGUUUACAUUCCGUGAAUAUAAGUCUUGUUUCACCAGGGAUUUUGCAAUUUUUACCAGUGAUUGGCCAGGGCCGGCCCUGGCCAAGUGUAGGGUGUGCAAUGGCACAGGGCCCUUAAAAAUUGAAGGCCCAAAAUUAAUUAGUAGUAUUAGUUUUUAUGUAGCAGUAUAUAAUUUCAAAUCCAAUAGCCCAAACUCACAUCCCUACUGCUAACGGAUCACUCGGAAGUAGAAGAGGGUGUUAGACUUCACGUUUUCUCCUUAGUGCCUCUUUGAAAAGUCGGAGUAUUUCAAGAGGUUAGGUUUUCUCAUUAGCCAUAAGUUCUGCCCUUUCUAGGUUAGGCUUUUUUUUUUAGAAUUAUAAAGUUUCCAUCUAUUUAUAUUAUUGUUGUAUAUCUAAAUAGAUUUCAAGAAUUAAAUACUUCGUAGUUUGUAGUUGAGUUUAACAAAUUCAAGGUUAUUAAGUUGUUAAUUUUGCAUUUGCAUUGAACAAGUUGAUAUGAAGUCAUUAGGUAAAUACAUGUAAUCUCUAUGUUACAAAAAAGGCCCAACUUUUUCUUCGCACAGGGUCCAAUAUUUUGUUGAAGAUGGAGCCUUGUUUUGAGUGCAGGAGUAUAUACCUGACCGGGUAUGUUGGAUUACCCGAUCGGGUAUGAGGCUUUGAUGGCUCGAGUAGUUCCCUGGUUUCUACACUCGAUCGAGUAUUGGUCAUUACUCGGUCGAGUAUGCAUGGAUGACUUACUCGGGUAACACCCUGUGCUCUGUACCUGAUCGAGUAUGGAGGUAUACUCGAUCGAGUAUGCGUAAAAACCUUACUCGUGUAGUAGUCUGGAAUCUAUACUCGAUCGAGUAUGUAUGUAUACUCGAUCGAGUAUACGGGAAAAUUAAUGACGAGAUUAAUUUUUGGGCCUGUGGCCUUAACCCUUGUUUAGGCUUUCUUAAACCUAUUUAAACAUCCCUAAUGUAUCUGUAAACACACCAGACGCUGGAAUAAUAAUACACCUCUCUCUCGUUCGCCGUGGACUAGCACAAUCACCCCGAUUGUGUGAACCACGUAAAUUCUUGUGUUCUUGCUUUAAAUUUAUCGUUUAUCUUAGCCUAAUCGUUGAUAAUUAACGAUUGGUAUCAGAGCUAUGGCUGACGAAGGGAAGGUUAAGAUCGAUAAAUUUGAUGGUCAAGAUUUCGCUCUCUGGAAGAUGCAGAUCGAGGAUUAUCUCUACCAGAAAACCUUCAUCUACCCUUGUCUGAGAACAAACCAGAGACGAUGGCGGAGGCGGAGUGGAACUUGUUGGAUCGACAGGCUCUUGGUGUGGUGAGGUUGUCGUUGGCGAAAAACGUUGUUUACAACAUCGUCAACGAGAAGACAACGUUUGGACUGCUCGAGGCGUUAUCCAACAUGUACGAGAAACCCUCAGCGGCCAACAAGGUUUUCUUAAUCAGACAGUUGGUGAAUACAAGAAUGAAGGAAGGUGCAUCCGUGACAGAUCACAUCAACGAGUUUAAUUCAAUCAUAUUCAGGUUAGGUUCGGUUGAGAUUAAAUUUGAUGAUGAAGUUCAAGCAUUACUUUUGUUAUCAUCUUUGCCCGAUAGUUGGUCCGGUACAGUCACAGCAGUUAGUAGUUCUUCUGGAACCACUAAGCUUACCUUUGAAGGUAUUCGUGACUUAAUCCUUGGUGAGGAUAUCCGGAGGAGGAGUUUGGGGGAUAGCCUUAAUAGCUUGUUGAGUACUGAAGAUAGGGGCACAAAAUCCACAAGAGGGGGGUAACAAGAAAGGAAGAUUAAAGUCGAGGAAGAGAGGUCAAUCCAAGAACAGGAAGGACAUCAAUUGUUGGAAUUGCAAGAACAAUGGACACUUCAGAAAUCAGUGCCCAAAAGCCUCAGCAGAUAAAGGCAAGAAGGAGGUGAACGUGGCAGAAGAUUAUGAAGAUGUUCUAAUUUGCAGCGUUGAGAAUUCAAUUGAGUCUGGGAUCAUGGAUUCAGGUGCGUCGUUUCAUGCUUGUCAUUGCAGGGAUUUGAUGAAAAAUUUCAGGCCUUACGGCGGAAGAGUUAGUUUGGCGGAUGAUAAAUCUCUGGAGAUCACGGGUAUUAGGGAUGUGGAUCUCAGUACCACCUUGGGUACAACCUAGAGGCUGAAAAAUGUCAGGUACAUUCCAGACUUGAAGAAGAUGUUGAUCUCAGUAGGACAGCUUGAUGAGGAAGGCCAUAACGUUAGUUUUGGCAACAAUCAAUGGAAAGUAACAAAGGGAAAGUUGGUCAUUGCUCGUGGACAGAAGCAUGGUACACUGUACAUCGUUGAAGUGUCUACAGAUGGAGCAAACGCAGCAGUUGAAGAUUCAGGGGUCUCUACUUUGUGGAACCAAAGACUUGGGCACAUAAGUGAGAACAGAAUGAAGAUGUUGUCUUCAAAGGGCAAAAUCCCAGAUUUAAAGAACUCAAAGUUGAGCUUUUGUGAGCCAUGUGUCCUUGGCAAACAAAAGAGGGUAACCUUUGUGAAGACAGGACAACAACCCAAGACUGAGCAGCUGGAGUUGAUUCAUUCAGAUGUCUACGGACCUACAAAGGUCUCUUCAAUUGGAGGUUCCCGAUACUAUGUUACAUUCAUUGAUGACUCUACACGGAAGGUAUGGGUUUAUUUUCUUAAAAAUAAAUCUGAUGUCUUUAACACUUUUAAGAAGUUCAAAGUUGCAGUUGAGAAUGAAACAAAUCUUAAGAUUAAGUGUUUAAAGAGUGAUAAUGAGGGUGAGUACAGUAGCACAGAGUUUGUAGAGUAUUGUGCUGAACAGGGGAUCAGAAUGUUGAAGACGGAUCCAGAAACACCACAGCAAAAUGGUGUUGCAGAGAGGAUGAACAGAACAUUGAAUGAGAGUGCCAGAAGCAUGAGAUUGCAUGCAGGACUUCCCAAGAUGUUCUGGGCCGAUGCGGUGAACACAGCAGCGUACUUGAUCAACAGAGCACCCUCAUCUCCCAUAGAUUUCAGAAUUCCAGAAGAGGAAUGGAAAGGUCGAGAGGUAUCUCUUAAUCACUUGAAAGUUUUUGGUUGUAUUUCUUAUGUCAAAGUCAGAGAUGCAGAUAGUGACAAGCUCGGGGCAAAGGCAAAGAAGUGUAUCUUUAUUGGGUACACGAUGGAUGACAUGGGCUACAGGUUCUGGGACAACCAAAGCAAGAAGGUUAUCAGAAGUAGAGAUGUCACCUUCAACAAGAAUGCCCUUUAUAAAGAUGGUCUUGCAGCAGAAACAAGCAAAGACAAGCAACCAGGAAACAAACAACAAGUGGUGUUUGAAGGGAUGACUGAGGAUGACGUAGCACAACCUGUUGGUUGUGAUGAGACGGCUGGAAGCUCAGGGAGCAGUGGGAGCUUAGGAGAUUUAGGAAUGUCUGAAAAUAGUGGGAGUGAUGAAGACAGUGUGAGUUCAGAGGCAGCUACUCCACACAUCUAGGGAUGUCAAAAAAACCGACCCGCAAUAACCCGCCCUGGCCCGACACAUUUGGGACGGGUCCGCCCCGCCCCGUCUUGCAAAUGGGGCGGGUCCGCCCCACCUCGCCUAUACAAUGGGGCGGGUCCGGGUAUUAGAAUUGACCCGUGCCGCCCCGACCCGCCCCGACCCGACCCGCUCAAUAUAAAAGUAUACAUACUUUUUCUUAACUUAUGCUACAAAUAUACUUCAACAUACAUAUGUGUGUAUACAAUAAAUCAUAAAUUCUUUGAUCUUAUAAUAUAUGAAUAUAUAUUAAAAUGAGAUGCACGACGGAUUAUCAAUGUCUUCUUUAUAUAUAUAGAAUUUUAAUACAUUUAUUCCAUUAUUAAUAUAACUAAUUAGAUUAACUAUUCAAGUUUGAGUAAUUUUUCCUUGAUUUUUGAAAUUUUUAGCGUAUCAUGAAUUUGAUUUAAUAUAUUGAGUUUUAAUUAUUAUUUAGAGAUAAACAUUAUGUAGAUUCAAUUGGUAACAACUUCCUACAAAUAAAAAUAAAAACUAGCUAAUUAGGUUGCGGCGGGGCGGACCCGCCCCGCCCCGCCCCCGCAUGGGGCGGGUCAUGGGUCAACAAGUUUGGACCCGUGCAGGUCACGGGGCGGGGCGGACCCGCCCCGCCAAGUCACGGGACGGGUCUGGGUCUUGCAAUACCCGCCCCGCCCCGCCCCGACCCAUUGCCAUGCCUACACACAUCAGACAGUCCACCAGAAUCAGGAGACCUCCUAACAGGUAUUCUCCUUCAGCAAAUUAUCUGUUGCUGACCGAGAAUGGUGAGCCAGAGUCUUACUCAGAGGCGUUGGCUGUGAGAGAUUCCAUACAGUGGAAGAAGGCCAUGGAAGAUGAGUUAGAUUCACUUGACAAGAACCAAACUUGGUCCUUAGUCAAGCUACCACCGGGAAAGAAAGCUUUGAAGAACAAGUGGGUGUUCAAAAUCAAAGAUGAAGCAGAUGAGAGCAAAAGAUACAAGGCCAGGCUAGUUGUCAAAGGGUUCCAACAGAAGAAGGAGGUUGAAUACAAUGAAAUAUUCUCCUCGGUUGUGAAGAUGACUACUAUCAGGUUGAUUCUUGGUAUCGUUGCGGCUGAAAAUUUACACUUGGAGCAGCUGGAUGUGAAGACUGCUUUUCUUCAUGGCAACCUUGAAGAAGACAUUUUUACAUGGCUCAACCGGUAGGUUUCUCAGUGAGUGGUAAGGAAAAGUUGGUGUGCAAACUCAAGAAAAGUCUAUACGGACUGAAGCAAGCUCCUAGACAGUGGUACUUGAAGUUUGACAGUUUUAUGCAGCGGAAUGGGUACACUAGAUGCAAGAUGGACCAUUGUUGUUACUUGAAGAAAUUCAAGUCAUCAUACAUUAUUCUUCUUUUGUAUGUUGAUGACAUGUUGGUGGCUGGAUCAAACAUGCAGGAGAUCAACGAGCUCAAGAAGAAGUUGUCCGAAGAAUUUGAGAUGAAGGAUUUAGGGGAGGCGAGACAGAUUCUUGGGAUGAGCAUAGUCAGAGACAAGGUGGAAGGUACUUUGAAGCUUUCACAGCAGAAGUACAUUCAGAGAGUCCUUGAGAAGUUCAGAAUGACAGAUGCCAAGCCAAGAAGUACACUGUUAGGGAGUCAGUUAAAACUCUCCAAGCAGCAGUCUCCAAAGACCAAUGAAGACAAAGAUGAGAUGGCUAAAGUUCCUUAUGCAUCAGCCGUUGGCAGCUUGAUGUACGCAAUGGUGUCAACAAGGCUGGACAUUGCUCAUGCAGUGGGAGUUGUUAGCAGGUUCAUGUUAAAUCCAGGGAAGGAACAUUGGGAAGGAGUCAAGUGGCUGUUACGCUACUUGAAAGGCACUUCUGGAACUGCUCUUUGUUUUAAGAGGAAUGGGGUAAUUCUAGAAGGAUUUGCUGAUGCUGAUUUGGGGGGCUGUUGUGAUUCCGGGAAGAGCAUUACGGGUUACAUAUUCAUAAUUGGAGGUACGACAAUCAGUUGGAUGUCCAGACUACAAAAGAGUGUGGCUCUUUCAACCACAGAAGCAGAAUAUAUGGCACUUGCUGAAGCGGCCAAAGAGUUGAUUUGGUUGAAGAACUUUCUUUCGGAGUUGGGCAUGGAACAGGGGGAUUGUGGUCUAUACUGUGACAACCAGAGUGCUAUUCAUCUCGCGAAGAAUCCAGUGUUUCACAGCAGAACGAAACACAUUAAGAUGCGGUACCAUUUUAUCCGAGAGUUGAUUGAAGACGGUAUCAUGAACUUGAAGAAGAUCCUUGGUACGAAGAAUCCAGCAAACAUGCUUACCAAGGUGGUGACAACGGAGAAGUUGAAGCUAUGCAUGGCUUCAACUGGCCUUCCAGACACUUGAUGAGAAGGUGUGAAGGAGAGAGAGAGAUCAGGGGUUUUGCAGAGGAUACAUGCUCUUGGAUGCUGGGUUAUCUACUCGGCGAGUACUCGGCGAGUAUUCCCAACUCGGCCUGGCACCUUGCAGAGUAGCACUUAACUUGGUCCGAGUUAAUUUUCCGAGUUACUCGGCGAGUACUCGGCGAGUUAGGCAACUCGGCGAGUCGGUCAAAGUGGCGAGUUACUCGCUACUACUCGGUUUUAAAAAAAAAAGACAUGCGCACUUAUAAAACCUAAAAACCUGCGCUGGUCAUUGCUACUUGAGGAGCUUCGACACAAAAAUCUGCGAUUACAAGACCUACACUUGCAAGACCUGCGACUCUGUGGAGCUGCUACGCUAGGAGCUCCGACCGAUAAGUUCUUUCCCCAUGUCUCGUUUCUUAUUUUCUUUGUUUGGAGCUUCAUAUAUUCCCCUCCCCUGUUUUUUUUCUUAUUCUCCUUGUAUUGAAUAUACUUAACUUAUUUUAUUCAGGGCAUAUUAUAUUUGAUCAUGUGACUUUGCCAACAUGUAUUUGAUUGCAUUUUUUUUUCAAUUCUUCUUCAUUUUAAAAGAGUACCUGGCAUGAACAAAGGUUUAUGGUGCCUAAGCCUUCGUGGGGCUUUCACCUUAAUGUUCACCAAGGCCAACCUAUUUUAUGUUGAAAUACCUCACACAGUUGAUUAUCCUGAUCUUGUUGCUUCUUCUAGGACUAAAAAGAGGCAUAUGUUAUUGGUUGUAGGGUAAGAUCUGCAUGUGUAAGCUGGUCUAUUAAUGAAGAAAAACACAAAAUCAAUGCAUAUGUUAUACUUGUAUUUUUGUAUUUUUAGAAUGGGCAACAAUUUCAAGAAGAGAUAAACAAUCAACAAACUCAUCAACAGAAACCCCUCCUACAUCACGACCUUGAAUUCAAUGAAGAUUAAUAUCAGAUCAACUUAUUAGAUGAUUGACUGUUUUAUCACUUUUGCUUUAUGACAUUUGCUACUCCAUAAUUAGGAUAAUAGGAUUUCUAUCCUUUUAUUCACUUCUAUGCAUUUUAAGACAAUUUAAAGACAAUUUUAUUACUAUAUUUUAAGACUACUACAUUUAAAUAUAUUUUUAUAUUUAAUUAAUACUAGGCCGAGUAAUCACCGAGUAAUCCCGAGUAAUCGGUCCUACUCGCUACUCGGCCCUUGACCGAGUUGCUACCGAGUAGCGAGUAAACUACUUAGUAGUCAUGAACUCUGCCCGAGUAAUCACCGAGUAAUCCCGAGUAGCGAGUUAACUACUUAGCUUGGAUGGCAGAUGACUGUUGAACAAGCCUCCAAGUGGGAGAUUGUUGAAGAUGGAGCCUUGUUUUGAGUGCAGGAGUAUAUACCCGACCGGGUAUGUUGGAUUACCCGAUCGGGUAUGAGGCUUUGAUGGCUCGAGUAGUUCCCUGGUUUCUACACUCGAUCGAGUAUUGGUCAUUACUCGGUCGAGUAUGCAUGGAUGACUUACUCGGGUAACACCCUGUGUUCUGUACCUGAUCGAGUAUGGAGGUAUACUCGAUCGAGUAUGCGUAAAAACCUUACUCGAGUAGUAGUCUGGAAUGUAUACUCGAUCGAGUAUGUAUGUAUACUCGAUCGAGUAUACGGGAAAAUUAAUGAUAGGAUUAAUUUUUGGGCCUGCGGCCUUAACCCUUGUUUAGGCUUUCUUAAACCUAUUUAAACAUCCCUAAUGUAUCUGUAAACACACCAGACUCUGGAAUAAUAAUACACCUCUCUCUCUCGUUCGCCGUGGACUAGCACAAUCACCCCGAUUGUGUGAACCACGUAAAUUCUCGUUUUCUUGCUUUAAAUUUAUCGUUUAUCUUAGCCUAAUCAUUGAUAAUUAACAUAUUUCUUUGGGCCGACCCUGUGAUUGGCUGUAUUACAUGUUACCAGGGAUUUCUGUAAUUUUACCCGUUCCAGCAAAGCAGGACCCCUGAACAGUAAGUCAAAUGGAAGAUGGAGAAUCUCAACCUCAAAGGUGCUAACAAAAUUUUCCUUUUAAGACCAAAAUCAGGUUUGGAUUGCUUAUGGCCGGGAUACAACGAAAGAAGUAAAACAUUUUUUAAUGGGCAGUUUUUUAUCAAAAAAGAAAAAGAAAGGAAUAGAUCACUUAAUUGUGAUAGACUGUUGUUGCUCAGCAGCCAGGACCUAUGAGGCUGUAACUUACCAGCAGCACUAGAGAUUUUUAGCUUAACUAGAACACAUUCAAGGCACGUGCAACAUAAGUAUAAUGCAUGCGUAUGAGCUCAAAGAUACAGAAGAACUCAGCCCCUUCAAGGUAAAGACGACACACAAUCAUCAUUCAUCACGUUGUGAAUAUAAAGCUAAUGAAUUUAUGAAACCCCACAAAACCUUAAUUGAAAAAAGAUCUUUUGGGCUAUCAAAUGAUACAAUUGGUAAGGAGAGUAACUUUAUAAAUAUUUUUGCCAUAUAUGUUAUCACUAUAUCAAUAUACUAUGCCUGAUGUGUUAUCCUGUUAUCAGACAGAAUACCAGCAAAUCAGAACUCGGAAGAUCAUUGGAUGAGCUUGUGCAAUUCCACCUCACAAAAGGAUAAAUAACCAAGAACCAGACUCGGAUCAUAGCCAAACUAUAACACACAACGCCACAGCGCAUCAAAUCCUCGGUCUCAACCAGUAGAUUUAAGUUAAAGCCACCAGAUUGAAGGAGAAUGAUGUAUAAACUCUAUCCAGAGUACAAUAAAAGUGAUCAGUUAGUCAGAAAAUUGAAGGAGUAUGGUGGCUGUAGGUGCUUUGACUACACAUAUUGUUUUGAAGUUUAUCUUAGCAGAUUGAAAUUAACCACAAUCAUUAUUUACGAUGCCCAUAUGGCCAUAUACGGCCUUGUUCCCUAUUUGAUUUCUCAUCUUAAAUUCUGCUACCCAUUGUUCUACCAAGAGCACCAAGCAUAGAGUUGGCCCGAUGAAUGCAACACUUACCUACAACAGCACAAUAACCUCAAAUGGGAGAAACCAACAGUUCUUAUGCCUCAAAAAUAUCCAAAUACUCUCCAUUUUGUCAAUAGAUUCAAUAGCCUCAACAGCAAGGUCAAUGCAAAAAUCAUCCAAAUGAUCACAUUGUUCUUCAGGUAGCAGAUGCAUUGGGUUGGGAAUUCAAAGCAAAGAUCAAAAGCAGGAAGCAAAGAAAACAAAAAUGCAAUUAACUAAUUAUUAAUAAGAUUAUCUUUACGAUUACAGAUUGAUAACGUUAACAAAAACACACAAAAAGCAGAAUAACCAAAGACAAGCAGAGUAACCAGUUUAAUAGUGAGUUGUACCGUCAACGUCUUAUUACACAUGUCAGGUAUUUGAGGGUCUCAUCACGCAAAGUAUCAUCAAACAGUGAAACUUCCCUUUCUUUGUAAUCUAGACGUUCUUCAGCAUGUAAUGAUUUAAUCCGGUUGUCGUCCCCAAAUGCCACAAGUAUAGGCUCAAACCAAAGAACUUCGGGUAUUGCAACAGGAGAAGACAGUUGAGGCCACGGCAACACAGUAACUGGAUUUGGAUUACACAUAGGAGCAAAGACCACUUCAGAACCAGGAUAGUCCUCCUUGAUUUGUUUGUAGGAGUCAAGCAACUUCUUGAGGAGAGAACUAGAGUUGCCAAAGUAAAGGAGAAUUUUCCUGUUCUUGAGGCCAGAAACUGUCAAGUGAGAAGAACCUCGUUUGCCUCCCUUGUAGGAAAGAAACGACUCUAGGGUGAGUGACCUUAAAGCCGAAUACUUGUCAUCUAACCAUUUCUUUCUAGUGACAGGAUAUAAGUUCCUUGAGCCCCUCCACUCCAUAAGAGCCCGUCCACUUAGCUCACCAGAACGCCCACCACCGGCCCAAAUGAUCACAUCAUCUUCAUAUGGAACCUUAACAAUUUCGUAAAGCCUUCGGCUAACAUGGUCAACAAAGGGCAGCUCCCACCAAGACGAUAUACCUUUCUCUUUCAAUGCCAACUUUAAUGCUUCAGAGUACGAAGACUCAUCAGAAAAGUAGGAUAGGUUUAUGAUCACAACCUCAAACUGUUGCUUACGCUUAACACAUCUGCGACGGAAGAUUUCAAGACAAGACAUAAAUUCAGCAUCAAAGCAAAGGUACAACACAACACACUUGCUCUUGCUGAGGUCUGCAACAGAUAUAACUUUGUUCUCUAGGCUACUGCCAUCACAUUUGUGUAGGAGCAUUGAGGAUUCGCAGCACAAGAGUUCCUCAAGGGUCACAGGUUCCUUGUAGAGAGGACCUGCGAACUGGUCAUGGAGUUCCUGUUGCCUGUAAAGUGGAUCCAACCUCAAUCUUACCUCCUCAAUUUUUUUCUUAAUGGAGUCCAAGUGGUGAUCAGUGAAAGGGAAGGACGCAGCUCCAUAACUCUCGAAACAGCAAGUUUCCGUCUGCAAAACCUUUUGAUCAGGAUCGAGAACAAGACAAGCAUCACCAUCACUAAAUAACCUAUAACCUUCUAUCCCAAGAAGCAUGCAAAUCGAGUCCCUGGUCGAGGAGUCAGAAAAGGGUACAGCCAGGCAAGGAAACGCAGAAAAAAACCAGUCGAAAGCAGGUUCCUCUUGUUCCUUAGAGAUGAAUGAGGAUCUCAUCUUAGCUACCAUCACCAUCUCGAAAUUUAAGUUCUUCUUCUUCAAAUCAUUGUAAGUUGCUAUCAAGGCGCGGCAUCCACGGUUAGGAGGGUCUUCAACAAACAUAGGCACAAAGAAGCAACAAACAACCAAAUACUUACCGGAAAUCGCAUCCAUUAAACCAACUCUUUCACCAUUGUUACGGACAAGGGAGUUUGUCUUACCGCCGUUAGAUAACAAGGAAAACACAUCAACCGGCAAUUUCUGGCCUUUCGUAAUAUUAAGAGGCUUGAUCUCCUCCAUAAAUAUUUCCUCGGGAAACUCGAAAUUAACAUGGGGUUCACCAGUAGUAAAAUUAGGGGUGAUGGUAUUUACUGGAGAAGGAAAGUAGUUUUCGGAGUCGAAUAGCGAAUACGGGCGUCCUGGUCUCUUAAGAAGAUUUUUGCAGACGCAGUCACCAUCGCUACAUCUCUUCAAAGUCCAAUCCUUCUUUUCCUUUUUCUUCUCCUUUUCGCCGCUCCUGCGUCUCUUCAACGCCCCAGUCUCCUUCACCUUUUCUCCGCCGCUGCAUCUCUUCAACGCCCCAGUUUCCUUCUCCUUUUUGACGCCGCUGCACCUCUUCAGCGCCCCACUUUUCUUCGUUUCUCCUUUGAGUGACCAUAAAGCAACUCGAUCCCUGUUCACACUCCGCUUAUUUUUAGUAAAUAAAAUUUAUAUAUUCAGAAACUACAUUAAAAUCGCUACAAAGCCUGAUCAAGAAAAGUUCAAUUUGAUAUAUAAAGUAAAAGAUUAAGAGUGACCUAAGUUGACCAAUGAAUAGUGAACGGGAACAUUACAACGGGACGGAGGGAGUAUAUACUUAAAAUAAUUUUAACCUCCUACUAAAUAAAUUAAUUUUUGUGACCAGAG